AUGGCUGGUCAGUCUGAGCCUGCUCCUCUGUCCAUCUCCUUCUCUGCAUCAGGGUUCCAAGCCACUUACCAGUUGGGUGUGGCCCAGAGCAUGUUGGACCUGGCCCCGUUGGUGCUACAAGCAGCCCCUAAGGUAAUGGGGGCCUCGGCCGGGUCCCUGGUAGCUGCUGCUUUGGUCUGUGGAUCCAGCCUAGACAUGGUGCGUGAUGAGAUGCUGAGGUUUGCGCUGCAGAGGAGGGGGCCACUGCAACCGGCGGGGAACGUGUUUGUGUGGAUAGAAGGUCUGUUGCGCCACUCGCUACCAGACGACGCCCACAUCCGGGCCAGUGGACGCCUCGCCGUCGUCAUGACGCGCAUCCCAGAUGGACAGAAUACUGUGGUGUCAGAGUUCACAUCCCGAGAGGACGUUGUGCAGGCUCUGUUGUGCAGCUGCUUUAUCCCUGGGUACCAUGGUAUACAGCCACCGUCUUACAAAGGAGUGCAUUAUGUGGACGGUGGUUUGUCCAGUAUCCAGCCAACUCACUCCUCUCCCUAUGCACACACCCUCACUGUGUCACCAUUCGCUGGAGAGGCGGACAUCUGUCCACCAGACCCUGGCUCCAUGUAUGUCAUCGUCAUGAGCGGCAUGCCCCUCAACUGCAGUGUGGCCAACGUUUACCGGAUCCUUGAAGCCCUCUACCCCUACAACUGGGAGGUUGGAUCCCAAAACAACUCUUACUCUCUCUACCCAGCCCUCUACCUCUCCACCCAGGCCUCUACCUCUCCAGCAAGCCCUCUACCCCUCCACCAAGCCCUCUACCACUCCACCCAGCCCUCUACCACUCAACCCAGCCCUUUACCCCUCCACCCAGCCCUCUACCCAUUCACACAGCCCUCCACCGAGCCUUCUGCCCCUCCACCCAGCCCUCUACCUUUCCAACCAGCCCUCUACUCCUUCCCCUAG